GGAGUCUAUGGAGCAGAUCGAGUCUCAGGGAACAAAGAGCUGGAGCUGGGAACCUCGGCUAGUGAUCUGCUCCAGGAAUCCCCGGGUACCGGGCACACUCACCCCCGGCGGAGGGCUGACGAUGAGCGCAGGACACCCGGGGAGCAGUAGCCGCCUCCGGGCUCAUUAACAAGCCGGAGAAUGGAUCGGUGGGGGCGAGCCUGAGAGAUCCUCGUCCCCCCCUCUUCCCUGUAUACAUCUCCCCGAACCCCAUGAGAGGCGGCCCGCUGCUCUGAGCUCCGCAAUCAUGGCUGCUGUCAUCACCUACAGCCCACCCUGGUGGGUCACCCUCCUCCACCGACUACCCCACCUCAACCUCCGAUGGGAGACCCUCAGCGGGGACUUCAAGCCCGACGACCCCGACUACCAGCAGUCUCUGAUGCUAUUGAGCUGUGUUGCACUAGCCUGCCUAGCUUUAGAUCUCAUCUUCCUGCUCUUCUAUUCCUUCUGGUUCUGCUGCCGUCAUCGGAAAACAGAAGAGAACACAAAUGCGGACUGUUGCUGCACUGCGUGGUGCGUUAUCAUUGCCACUCUGGUCUGCAGUGCUGGCAUCGCCGUGGGUUUCUAUGGCAACGGGGAGACCAGCGAUGGCAUCCACAGAGUGACAUAUUCGCUGAGACAUGUCAACCACACCGUGGCAGGAAUCCAAGAUCGGGUCUCUGAAACCACCAUAGCUCUAAACCAAACUGUGGAACCAAAUCUGAUAGAACUGGAAACCAUGUUUACAAAACACACAGAUUAUGUUCUCAUCGUCCAGAAACUUCAGGUUCUUCUGUACACACUGGUCCAACAAACCUCUGAGAUCCCAUUCUGGAAGAACAGUGACAUUUCAAUGGAUGAUCUGGCUAAACAAGUGGACACAUAUGACUGGUACAGAUGGCUGGGUUACCUCGGGUUGCUCCUUUUUCAUGUUUUCAUUUGCCUCCUGGUGCUUUUUGGUCUUAUUCGGAACUCAAAGGCCAUUCUGGUGAGCGUAUGUUUCCUCGGAGUCAUGGCACUGAUUGUAAGCUGGGCAUCCAUGGGUGUGGAGCUUGCGGUGGCUGUGGGCUGCAGCGAUUUCUGCAUGGAUCCGGACACCUUUAUCACCAAAAUAGUCGAAGAAAAAUCUGUGCUGAGUGCUGAUAUUUUAAACUACUAUCUCUCCUGUAAUGCUGGAUCCGCAAACCCUUUUCAGCAGAUAUUGUCAAGUGGCCACAAAGCCCUGGUGGAGAUGCAGGAUGAGGUACUGGAUCUCUUGCGUUCAGCUGUUAAAGAAUACCCCAAGUCAAUGGAGAAACUUAUCAACAUUCAAGGAGUUCUGAAUUCCACAGAGAUCAAUCUGCAGCAUCUCACAGCUCUGGUGGACUGCCGAGGAUUACACUUGGACUAUGUCCAGUCUCUGACCGGUUUCUGCUAUGACGGAGUGGAGGGGCUCAUAUACCUGGUCCUGUUCUCCUUUGUCACUGCCCUGAUGUUCAGCUCCAUUGUGUGCAGUGUGCCCCACACCUGGCAGCAGAGGAGGGGCAGCUAUGACGAGGGGGACGAGGAGGCCACCACCCCGGGGACACGACAGACUCAUGACAACCUGUACAGGGUGCACAUGCCCAGUUUAUACAGCUGUGGGAGCAGCUAUGGCAGUGAAACCAGCAUCCCCGCCGCUGCACACACAGUCAGCAACGCCCCUGUAACGGAAUACAUGAGUCAGAAUGCCAACUUCCAGAAUCCCCGAUGUGAGAACACCCCCCUCAUUGGACGUGAGUCACCUCCUCCUUCAUACACCUCCAGCAUGCGAGCAAAGUAUUUGGCCACUAACCGCCCAGAAACAGACCCUGCCCACUAAGUGUGGAAUCCAACAGUCUUCGGAUAGAUCUCAACCUGCUGUGUUCCUAAAGUGUGGGUCAAUGCGUCUCUAAAUAAAUGUCGCCAAUCCCAGACACCCCCAGCCUUUGAGCCUUGCCUUCAAGCCCCACCUCCUUUUGUGCAAACUGCUUGGAAGAGUCAAACACAAGUGUCUUGGGAUAUCACAAAUUGUUGACCUCAACAUGGAAUUCAACCUUUGUUUUACACGCAGAAAUCUCAUUGCAACCUUUUAAUCACCUGAAUUUGACAUCAGGCCCUUCAAAUUGCUGUGGUUCGUUGCCAUAAAGUCACUUUCGGUUUUUUUUUCGUUUUUUUGUAACUUUUUUUCUUUCUGUCUGAAUUUAUGAAAAGACGUCACAUUUUUUUAAUGUCUUUGUCUAAAAUGUGCAAUUUGUUUUAAUAAUGCAGCGGAAUACAUAACAUUAUUUUUUUUUCUACUCUUAUUUUGCGGCUGCCUAUUAUAUUCAGUCAAUGUUGUAUAAUGCAGAUAUUUUGAUGUCAGUGUUAUGUAUAUCCUUUUUAAAACCAAGGACUUGUGAUAUUGUAAAUUAUGGGCAAGGAGAUGUAAAUUGCAGAUUAGGCAAAAUGUAAAAGAGCAUUUAGAGGGUAGUCCUACCCAAAGCAGAUUUUGUUUUGACUGGGUCAAGGCUUAAUCACCUGUUGGAUAUUCAGUGCUGCUUAGUACCUGUGCAAGAAGGUCUACUCCAAUGCCAGGAAGUAUCUGACCCAAACAAUGUUUUUAUUUUUUGGCCUCUGAAUAAGAAUACUUGCAAAACUCAAGCUCAUGAGAAACCCAAACCUAGCCUUCCACUACAAUGCAAAGGGAUGGAAGAUGUGUUUUUUUUUUUUUCUAAGGUCCUGAACAGUACUGAAGUCCUGUCAGGGAAACCAUCCUCCUUAACCUACCUAAAAAGGAAUAAUGCUAAACAAAAUAAUUUUUUAAAUUUUAAAUUUAUGAUCAGAACAGCUUUCGAUUUAAAAUACAUUUUUGCCAUGUUUCCUUCAGACUGCUAAUUUCCCAUACUAAAAUAUACUGCAGGCAACCUGUGCUAAACCUAGAUAAAAAUGGAUGAUUAAAAAUAAGCCACACUUCAUCCUAAGAAAAGUGAAUUUAGUGCCAAUUCUCUUAAGUUCUUGAUGGCUAUAGGAACUUUUACUUACUUAUGUGUAAUUGCUGUGAUAAGCUCCUUUACAUAAUUAUAGCCCAUAUAUUGGGUUGACCGAAAUUAUUUCUAAUAAAUAACCAAAAAUUGCAGCUAACCUUAAAGCUCUGUUACCCAUUGAUGGAGCUACUAGGACAUUCCAAAACAAACCGCGUUAUUCUAUUUUACUUUUCUUUUUCUGUUGGUUUAAGACCAAUGUUAUUGAUUUUUAUUCUGAUAGGAUCCAACUUCUUGCCAUAACUGGAUCUACUUUACGUUAUGGUAUUUUAAGAUGGACAAGAUAAGAUUCUUGCUAGUUUCUUCAAACCAAAUAUCACUUUGGUUUUCAGUCUUAAGCGGAGGAUUUAGGCUUUAUUUAUUUUUUAAUUGCCACUUGUUUCGUUUUCUUAGGUUAUAAUACUUUGACAAUGAAAAUGACCACUUUAGCCCUUAUAUUGGGCAGCAAGUUAGUUAGAGGAAAAAUCUACCUUAAACUGAAAAAUUAGCUAUGGGUGGAUACUUUUAUAAUAUGAGCGGAGUUGCUUCUUAGCCAUAUGACUGCAACAAGGAGGUUUUGGCAGCUUGAGCUGUCUGGCUGUCUACUCCCACACAAGUCAUUUCUAUAGGGCAGAGGAACUCAAGUCUGUUCGGUCCAUGGUUACAGUUUUCAUUUUGUGGGUCCCCUCACCAGAGCACAUGGGAAAUCUGGUUAAAGGAAACUGACAUAAUAUGGCAGCUGUUAAUGUUGACUUGAUUUUUUAACAUGUAUGGUUCAGGGGUGACGUUCUUAUGGUGAGUCACUGACCUGGAACAUCUGCUCAUUCCUGGUCCAUGUUUCCUAAAAGUGGACCUGUGCUUUGUCCAUACAAGGAAACGCAACAGAUUUGUUUCAAUGCUCCCCUUCUGUACAACACAGCACCCUUAAUUCCCCAAAUAUUCUGUUGUAGAGUGAGCAAAAAGUCUUGUUUGCUCCAAAUCGUAGUAACAGCUGACCCAAGACUAGGAGUGGGAGGAAUAAUGUUGGGAAAGGAAAGGUGAGUGUAUUCAGGCCGUACACAGGGCCUGACUAUUGGGUGGCACCAGCCAGUUAAAUGGAAACUGGCCAAUAUUCAACCCAUGUGUACGGUAGCCACUCCAGCUUUUGUUGAAGGGGCAUGACCGAAAAAGGUCUGUCCAGUGGUUGACUGCACUGACGGGUCUUUUCUGGCGGGGCUAAUGUGUACCAGGCUUUAGUUUCCAGUAAACAAAGCUGGGAAAGCUAGGAAUCUCAGCCUUGAAACUCACAUGUUUACAAAAAAAUAAAAAAUUGUCAGCAAUGGCAGGCCCCAUAUUUCUUCCUUUUGAAGGUUACCAUUAGUUCACCUGUGUUCCAUAGAAGAAAGCCAUAAUACCCUAUGUUUUCCCUCACUUUCUACUAUUUGAUGGGUGUGAGGCCAGCAGUUAAGCAGAAAUCUCUGCAAUGCGCCCACAUACACCAAUCAAAACCAUUGAAGCUGAGCUGUCUGUUGUGAUGGAGGAGAAUUCCUUCUUAAUCCAUGUGGUGAGUGUAGGACAGAACAGGAAGUGAGGGGAAUUGUCUCCCAUAGGAACACAGUCGGUGUUUAAACCCUAUUCAAAACUAGAAAAGAGUUUUGACGCCAUUGGGCACCAAGGAAUGAUCAAUUUCAUGUAUCUGUAUUCCAUUAGGUGGGAAGUCCUAUGGCUCAACUGCCAAAGAUCUAUAAACAUCAACCUGUUUUAUUUUAAGGUGUCCUUGUCUACCUAGAGCCUAUUUUUCAUGUUUUAGUAGAAUUAGUUUUCAUAGGCAAAUAUUUACACCAUACAUGAUGGCGUAUAUUCCAGCAUGUUUCCCUGUGUAUCCCUCCAUGGUAUACCCCUGUAUUUCAGAUACCAUUUUCCAGCUGACGAGUAUCUUAUGGUAUAAACCCCCAUGUAUAUUGUGCAAACAUCUUGCAUGAUGCAUGACCACUUUCCUAUGUGAUUAUGGAUACUGUACAUGGCACUUGAAGCAAUGGCCUUAUUUAAGGACAUCAUGCAAAGCUCACUAACAGCCAGUCAAGUUUGAUCCCUUUAGUGAUAUCUGAUUUAAAGAUUUUACUGUAGGUUACUCCACACUAUGGCUUUUUUUGCACGGUUAUUAAAUAAGGUCACGUCUUUUUUUGCUUGGCUACAUGGAUAGGGUUAAGAGUUGCAUUUAAUUUGAAGCCUGUAAAUUGAUUGCAUUGAUUAAUUCUUAAAGUUUACUACCUCCUGUAACCAACAUACUGCAUUUACUCCCCUGUCUCUGCUGUAUGUAGCUAUAGGAUUAUAAUCAUUUUUUGUUAUUAAGGCGACAUACUUGUUUUAAAGUGUUUUAAUUUGUAUUUUAUUGUUUAUUGUAAAACCUGUGAUUCUUACUGCAUUUUAACAUUUCACAACUUAACCUAGUGCUGGUGGUGACAUUCUGAAAACUUUAGGGGCCAGUACAUUUACAGUUUUUAAAAAAUAGAGUGGGGGUGGGUUAGACUCUGUCAUGUUUUUAUUCCGUUCCAAUGGGGAGAUUUAACCCUCUAUUUAUCCCUAAGAAAACAAUAGCAAUCGUCAUCAGAGCAAGAAGUGAGGGGAAAUCCUUCAAUUUGGACUCAUAUUUCUAUGACAACUCUCUACAAUGGCAAUUCGGUUUAAUUUAGACAAGUUCCUAGCAUUACUUAUAUUGUUUUCAGGGAAAGAAUUAAAGUGGUGUUCUGGGAAAAAAAA